CACAGUCGCGUAUUUCACGAGCAUCCACUUAUUGACUUUACUCAGUAGUCCAAUAAAUAAUUAUUGCUUUGGAAUAAUAAUUUACUAAAAUAUUUUGAAAAUUUUAAGAAAUUAUAAUGAAUUUGAUAAAAUAUAUUAUUUUGUGUUCAUUAUAUGUGCGCGUGGCUGUGUGCGACAAAAUUGAAGUUCUUGGAUCUUUAGGAUUAAGCAGCCGUUCAAUUUCUCACAUACAUACGUUACAAUUACUGGAGUUAUGUUUUCCGGAUCGAAUGAAUCCGGUGGCGGUCAGUUCUAAUUUGACGGAUAUCAUUUACGGAAUCAAGAAAAAUGAACAAAUAAACUCGUCUGUUCUUGCAAUUGAUGAAAAUUUAUUUCUAUCAGAUACCAGACUUUUUAUGGAAGAGACGAAAAAAUUUAUUGGACAUAAUUCAUAUCCGAGCUAUAUUUUAUCUGCUGAUUCCCUCGAUGUACUUGAAAAUAUUCUUACCGACAUCGACCAGUGGGAUCCUUGGAAUAACGAAAGGGUCGUUUUCGCAGUUGGAAAGCAGUGCAGCGAUGCAUUGGCGACACUUAAAUGUCUGUGGAACUCUAAAGUGCUGUCAUCAUAUUUCACAUGUCCAAACAAAUUCAACAACGAUACGAUUGUCUACACAUUCAAUCCGUACGCAGAUCAAGCACCCAAACCAUGGAGGAAAGUAAAAGCACCGGACAAACCACCCGAUCCAUGGACACUCUACAGAAUGCCAUUCGUAAACGAUGAAAAGACUUGUUCGAGUGUUAAUUUUGACAAAACUGCAUAUAUAGAAAACUACAAACUUCAAAUUUGGUACAAUCGUAUAAUGUUUAAUAGAACCAAAUUAUUUUAUCAGAUGAUAUUAUUAGCAAUUAAUGUAACGCCUAUUGAUUACGUACCAUUUCGAAGAACAUAUGAUACCAUAUUCGUGACCGAUCAACAUAACCUCCAUGAGAUGCAGGAUAGCUACGAUAACAUAAUCCCUUUCUAUCUGCAAGGUGGUUAUGUAAUAAUAACUCAACAGAAAAAUACCAUACCGACUUUCAGCCAAGUAGUUGAUGAUUUCUUCACUUAUCAAAAUAUAAUAAUGUCCUCUGUUAUUUUGGUAUUUAUAUUUGGUAUGAUUCUGGUGAAUCACAAGUACCAUUUCGGUGCAGCUGCCUUAGAUCUCUUGGCUCUGAUAUUAAACAUGGGGAUGAUGACCCCCGUUGACAAGUUGACGAUGCGCAUCACUUUCCUAAGCACAACCCUGUUUGUUUUGAUUUUCAACCCAGCGCUGCAAGGGCAGCUCGCUUCUGUUUUAACUCGUCCGGGCCAAAAAAAUAUCGAAACCUUAAAGGACUUGAGGGAAAACAAUUACCACAUUUAUGUUGGUUACUCAUUGGACAUCGACUUUGAAUUAAGGAGCAGUAAUCUCUGGGGUGACGAGUCUUUGGAAAAAUAUGUUCAUCACUUAAGUAUGGCUGAACAUUCUUCUUGUCUAGAAAACGUUGGGAAAAAUGCUUCCAUUGCUUGUAUAGUUAACUACAAUGAGCUUGAACACAUUGAUUUCGAUGCUUACAUUUCUUCCAAAACGUUGGCUCGUACAUUAAACGUGUUUACGACUCAAAGAAAUUGGGCGCUUAAUAAAAAAGUUAAAAAGAUAGCCCUAAAAUUGAUGGAAACUGGCUUUCUCAAUUAUUUUGAAAAACGCGAACUUUAUAAAAUUUUGAUGAAAAAGAGAAAAAUUGUUGAAAAAAUUAAGAAGUUGGCAGAUUACAAUCAAUUGGAUCUUGAAGAUUCUGCUUUGGCUUAUAUUGCGAUUGCACUGUCUACAGUCUGGGCCCUCAUCGUUUUCGGUACUGAAUUUAUGAUUAGAAGGGUCGAAUUGCAUUCUUAUAAACGUUCGCAAGAGCUAGAGCUGAAGAAGUCGAUAAUUAGAGAGAGAAUUGCGGCUACCGUUAGCAGAAUAACUUAUCUUGAUCAACAAGUCUAAUUUUCUGCAAACUAUCGCGUGAGCUGGUGUGCCCACAUUUGUUUUUAUUGAUUGACGUGCUGCGUUGUUUUCAAUAAUUCAAUUUUUAAUAAAAUUAAAACUUUUUCAAAUUACUUAUUGCCAAGUUUUACUAUACUUUAUAAUGAUAUCCAAGAAUUGUAUUGCGUGCACUCAGAAAAAUAAUUCACAAACUAAUAAAAAACAAUUAAAGAUAAA